AUGUUAUUGAUUCGAACAAUAGCUUUGGCAAAUAUCGUGGCAUUAUCAAGCAGCAUUAUACGCAAUACCGAACAACUCAAUACUGAUAGUAAUCAAGGAAUACCGGUUGAGCAGGUGAAAGAUAUUCGGGAAUCAUUCUUGACUGAUGGCAAACGUGAUGUGGAACAAAUUGAUAGCGCGCAAUUUGAGGAUAUGUCAUGGCGUGCUGCAGUGGAAAUGAAUCGAGCGUCAAAUGACGCAUAUUACUGGGUGCCCGUGAAGGUCUUACGUAUAACUUCAGAAGUAGUAGCUGGCAUCAAAUAUGUCCUUGAUGUUCUUAUCGCACGAUCGAAUUGUACCAAAAAUUCGGUUUCUCAUAAUGAUAUACGAACUGUGGGUUGCAAGAAAACUGCAAGUUAUGAACAGCAAGUAAGUGUUCAACUUGCAUAUUUUCUUUGUUAUUAUAUGCAAAUAACGCGAUUUGAAAUACAUCAAAGGGGAUGGGAAAAUAUUGAAGAAAUAACAAAUAUUGGAUGUGAUACGGAACAUUUGGCCAAUUCCGAACGUCAAAUAGAGCCAAAAAUUGUUACCGAAGGACAUCGACUUCGCAAUAACAUGGACAAAUUAGGCAUUAAAGUUGACAAUCGAUAUUACAGACCAACAAAGACUAUCAUGGAAAAAGACUUUACUUUAUGGAAUUUGUUUGGAAACUUCGUCCAAGAGCACAAUCGUAAAUAUCCCAACAAAAAAGAGUUGUUGAAGAGAUUUCGAAUUUAUAAGCGAAAUUUGCGCUUAGCAAAAUUAUGGCAAAAGAAUGAACAAGGUACAGCAGUUUAUGGUGAAACACCUUACAGUGAUAUGACCCAUGAAGAAUUCAGAAAGGUUAUGCUACCGUACUUAUGGCCGUUGGAUAAAAAUAAGAAGCAUUUGUUAGAUUUAGCAAAAUAUGACAUCGAUAAUGAUGAAAUACCUGAAUCGUUUGAUUGGCGUGAUCGAGGUGCGGUAACGGAAGUGAAAAAUCAGGGUUUUUGUGGUAGUUGUUGGGCAUUUUCGGUAACAGGGAAUAUCGAAGGUGCCUGGGCAAUUGAAAAGGGUAAAUUGAUAUCUUUAUCAGAGCAAGAAUUAGUCGAUUGUGAUGUUAUUGACCAAGGAUGCAGCGGAGGUCUUCCACUGAAUGCCUACAAGGAAAUAAUGAGAAUGGGUGGAUUAGAAUCAGAAAAAGAUUACCCUUAUGAUGGUCGCGGUGAAAAAUGUCAUUUGGUACGGAAAGAUAUUGUGGUUUACAUUAACGAUUCUCUGCAACUACCAGGUGAUGAGCGUAAAAUUGCAGCGUGGCUUGCUAAGAAAGGUCCCAUCUCGAUUGGUAUGCUUUCAAGGAAUUAA